AUGCUGGGCUGCGUGCUGCUGUCCUGCCUGCUGUCUGUCAGCGUGGACGCUCUGAGAGUCAGACAGGAGCUUCCUCAGUACAUAGACCGGGCCGUGUCGGGGUCUCUGUCCAGCCUUCAGUCCCACUCUGCAGAGGAGAAGACAGGGAAGGAGCUAACAGCUAAGCUCCUCCUCCUGGACCACCUGGUGAAAAUGGAGAAUGACGUCGUGGAGCCCAAGAGGAAGAGGAGUUUCCCUGGCAACAACACGCCGCUGGACCGCCUGUCAAUCAGCCCCAUGGAGCCCAAACAGGGAUCGAACAAGCAGAGGAAGGCAGCGGAGAUGCCGCGGCGACGGGUCAGUCCACCCAUCGACAGGAUCGGUGUCAGUCGUCUACCCGGCAGCCAAGGAUAG